GUGACCUCAGAGAAAGCAGUGACGGUAUAAAGCGAGCAGAAAUUUCCUGUGUAGAGUCACCCCGAUUAAAAAGGUAAAAAGCGACGACUUCACGAGCUAAGUCGAUUCUUGGCCGAGUUUAAUGCCACUGUUGUUGUCCAACAAAAGAAUAAAUCUUGACUGAAUCCACUUGAGAAGCUAAAGAAACACUGUGCAGCUGUCCUGAAUGUCUAAACUACCAGGAAGUGCAGGUGUAACGCUGCUCGGGGACAAAUCCCUGGAGUUCUACCGGGAUCCGGUGAGUUUCUGCCGGCAGAGGAUGGAAAAACACCGGAGCAGGGUGUUUCAGUGCCGCCUGCUGAACAGACCGACUGUCUUCAUCUGCUCCGUUGAAGGGAUGAGAGAGUUGCUGUGUGAUAAAUCCAACAUAUUUUUGAAGGACCCGACUGAUUUGAUGACAAACAUGUAUGGUGACACCAUCGUCACCACUAACGGUGAAGAGGCAUGUCUCCUUCGCCUGUCUCUCACCAGCCUGUUCACAGGAACUUGUUUAGAAUCAUCAGCUGAUUACAUCUCGAGUGUAUGUGAACGCUGUCUGAAAGACCUCUCACUCAGCGGCCAGCCAGAGAGUGUGUAUUCCAUCUUUAAACGCCUGGGGAUGGAGUUGGUGUUGGGUCUUUUCUUGAAUGUUCAAGCAGAGGAGCAUCCUGAGCUUUUCCAUGAAAUCACACAGCUCUGCACCCAGCACUGGCACGGUCUGAUCUCUGCUCCGGUAAACGUGAAGGUUCCCAUGUGGUCAUCAGGUUUCUCUACAGCUCUGGAUGCUAGAGACAAACUGAUGAGCAUCAUCAAGGACAAACUGGAAACCGACACACAGGGUUUCGUUGGCUGUCUUGGUUCUUUGCCACUGCCUGACUCCAGUUCUGCUGCUCAGCAUCUCCUGCUGUUCAUCUCAGCUCUCAUUCCUAAAGCCCUGGCAUCACUGCUCACCUCCUUCACAGUGGCGCUCAGUGGAAAGCAGGAAGAAACCCGUCGUCAAGCGCUAGCAGACCCAGGUUACCUGCACAGGGUACUGCUGGAAGUGCAGAGACUAUGGCCGCCCUUCAUUGGUGGACGCAGAAUAGCUGGUCAGGACUCCACCCUCGCAGGGUUUCACAUCCCUAAAGGCCAUGGUGCAAUUUACAUAAGCCACUCUGUCCACCGUGACCCAGAGGUGUUCCAGCAUCCUGAUGACUUCCUGCCGGAAAGAUGGAGCGGGAGGAAUGCAGGUCAGGAGCACUUUCUUUGCUCCUUUGGCAACGGGCCCAGGAGCUGCAUUGGAGUUAAACUCACCAAUGUCUUCCUAAAGGAGGCAUGUAUGUACCUGCUAAAGCACUAUGAUUGGUGGCUGGACCCUGUGUCGCAGGACCUUGAGUACAAAUGGCUGCCUGUGUCUCGCCCCGCUAAUCCCCCCACUGUGUCCUUCACCCGACUGGAUCAGACCACAUUUGACAGAAGAAACCCAGGGGAUGCUCAGCAUGUUUGACGAUGUACCUGCUGAGCACUAAAAUCUGUAUUUUAUUAGCAAAACACAUGUGUCUAACAUGUUUAGAGAAAGCUGAGGAAUGUCUUAAGACGUGAGGAAGGAAGCGAGCAAACUGCGAGGCUUUCCCCUUCUGUUUUUAACUCUGUAAUCAUCCUGGGGAAAGACGAGGAGGGCGCUGGUUUCACACUCUGUUAUUCUGCCAGAUAUUCUGCAGCUUGUCUUGACUGCUCUGCAAAGGAUGGCAAAAUAUCCAAGUCAGUCUUUCAUUGUGGAAUCUGACACCAUAUUUUUGAUAAGUAGUUUGCUAUAUAUGUAAACUAUAUUCUGAAUAAACAAGCUAUAUUUAUUGAUUCAAGACAAACCGUCCUGUUCUUUUCUAUGACGGUGUAUCUUAAAAUAGAAACUCACUGCAGUAUCAGUAUUCAUACAGGGCAUGUCACGUGCACACGUGAUAACAUAGGUAAACCCUCAGAUUCCAUCACUGACUGCAAACCUGACUCCCAUCCCCCCCUCCACCACCUAGCAACCACCACUGCUUAGCAACAGUUCGUCAUACCGACACUGACUUGCUUCCUUUUAGUAUGCAAGUCUCACACACACACACAUACACGCACUAACCUGGUUAUUUUUGAAAGCAUUCACUUGGCACACCAUCUGAAUCCCAUGUAAAUUAUGCCAGGAGGCUUUUCAGAACACAUUCCUGAAUUUUAAAGAACAUGGCUGCUUUAAACCAUAAAUGUGACUUAUUCGCUAUAUUCUGUUAUUUUGUCUUAUGAAAAACAUUAUUUUGAAUGUACUAUUUAUUCAUGUGCUGUUUAAGUAAAUUCUUUAUAAUAUAUGUCAUGGAUGUACUGUUUAUUUUUCUUUACAUUUAUGUGCAGUACUAGUCAAAGUUGUUGUAUGCAGUCUUUUUGUAUGUCAAAAUUCUAUACAUCUUCAGUCUCUUUGAUAAUUGCAAA